AUGGCCGACAUCCCAUUCGAUCAACUACCAGCAACAUUUCGGGAUGCGGUGUAUCUUGUAUCGACCCUUCAGAUCGAAUACUUGUGGAUCGACUCUCUCUGUAUUGUGCAAGAUGACCCCAAGGAAUGGCUUCGAGAGUCCGAAAACAUGGGAUCGAUCUACAAGAACGCCACACUGGUCCUCGCUGCUGCUGGCUCAAGGGACUCGACCGAGGGAUUGUUCAUCGCAAAACGCCCUCACCCCGAGGUUUUCACUCUACCAUACUCGCCAUACUCUCUCAUCACGGGAAGAUCUGAAUCUUCACAAGGAGAAUAUAAGUUGGCGAUACUCCCUCAAGAGCCUGCGGCCCCAUCGCAUGGCCCACUACAUCAGCGAGCUUGGGCCUAUCAAGAGUGGUACUUCGCCAAUAGGAAAGUCUUGUUCAUGCCAGGGGGCAUGUCAUGGGUGUGUUCGCAUCGCGAGUAUAACGAACAAUGGAAUUACUCAAAGCCUCAAGUUUUUUCAAGUUCUUGGUUGGCACUGUUGAGCGAAUACACCGGGAAGGUCCUCACCUAUCCUUCCGAUCGACUAGUUGCGAUCCGCGGCAUUGCGACUGAGACAACUGGUGCAUCUAACUUAUUCCGCCACAUGUUCACAGACGAGAAAACCGCAUCAGCUGAAAAUAACGUGGCGGGAGGCAGGCCGGCUCUCGAGGUCAUUAAUACUAUGUUCAAGUUCGGCGUUUGGAAAGCACAACUGCUCGAACAACUUCUUUGGCUGCCGAUAGAAAUGUCUAGUGACGAUGAGUAUCUGCCAGAGCUGCCAUCAUGGUCCUGGGCAGCCUCAGGGGGUGCGAAAAGGUGGCCCUUGGGGACCUACAACAGCAUCCCAAUUAGGCCAGAGAGCCGGGACGAUAUCGCGAACCUGGAGCUAAUGGACUCGGGACUGGUACAAGCAAAGGGUCAAAUGCUCAGCGUUGAGCUUACUCCGCUGCAAGAAUGCUGUGUCAAUCAUCUGUCCGAGGAGGUGACACAUGCCAGCAUCGCGUCGAGCCUACAAAGAUCUGAAAAUAUUGAGCUGGCGUUCUCCGCACUCAACUCUGAAGAACCAGGUAAGAAGAUGAAAGAUUACCUGAUGCACGAUUCAUACAGUACAACGGAUGGCAAGAUUAUUGGGGUAGCAAGGCUUGAUCAAGAAUGCCCGACCCAUAACAUCCAGUUCCUCGUCAUGGCUUCGGUUCGCCGGCCGAUUUUUGAUAUAUGGUAG